CCCCCUACAGCCCGAUCCUGGCCGCUGAUUGGACGAGAGUGACGUCGGUGCGAGUCCGGCGAGCGCUGGUGACCGUUGGGCCGCCGGUAUUUGAAGUUGAGUCCAAAGAUCAUCUUCGGUUGUGGCUCGCGCGGUGGCCCGAGCUGGUGGCAAACAUGGAGAAGGUGAUGUGCACGGAGCACGGAGCCCUAUGUAUAUUGAAGACUGGAGUGAGAGAUGGAGCUGCCAAGGGAAAGAGUUUUUACCUUUGUGCAACUCAGCAGACUUCGCACUGUUCAUUUGUACAGCCUGCUGAUAUUCCUGUAUCUCACUGCCUGGUACAUGAAGACUCGAUUGUGGAACUUCAAGCCAUUCACAAAAAAUCAGACACUCGGUCGUACCGGUUAUACUAUCGGUGUAUUAAAGGGAAGGAAGAUAAACUAAAAUGGUGUGGAAAUGUGCCUUGGCAGGUGUCAUAUCCAAACAUUUCAUCAACUAAUAGAGAUGGCCUUCAGGAUACUCAGCAGUCCCUAGUUUCUGAGAAUCAACAGCGAAAUCCUUUUAAAAUACCAGCCAAGAAUCAGAAGCAGCCUACUUCCAGUAUUACUACUAAUAGCAGCAGUAAACAGGGUGCUGGACCUGAAUCAGAUAGGAAACACAAUAAAGCUGUGGAUGAAUCGGUUGGUUUGGGUGGGUCACCACCAACAUACAACGAGAAGGCAACAAAGAAGUCUUCUAAUGGGCUCAAAAUCAGUGAAAGGUUAUGUGAUGAGGGUGAAAAAACUCAUGUUAAGGACUUUGAAAAGACUCAGAAAGAAACAAGGCCUCGCCUUAAGUGUGAUGCCAGAAUGGGUGGCAUUGACUCUGGUAGAAAUCACAAUUUGCCAAGUGAUCCCUUGCCAGAUGAAAGAGGAAAGGUUUCAAAGGUAUCACAUAUAGUGGAGAAGGACAAGGUACCAUUAGAAUCUGAGGUGAAGUGUGUCCAUAAAGAAUCAUUGAAUAAUUUGUCUCAUCAUGGAAACUCUGCACAUGUGAAAAUGGGCAUAGCGAAGGAUGGACAGGCAUCAAGCAGUAAAAGUACAAAUGAGAAGUCACUUGGCACUCAGAAGUGCAAUGGAACGAGUGUAUCCCAACAGAAUGAGUCAACAUAUACUCCAGAAAACGAUGUACAAUGGAAACAAACAACCAAAGUUGAACGUGAUGCCAGUUCUGUUCUCACAGCACAUAAAUCUGAUUCAAACAAGCCAACAAAUGAGGAAAGUGAGUCAUGUAGACAAAUUGAUGUCAAGGCUUCUGUGAGUAUUUCAGCAGGAAAUACCUAUACCACAUUUGAGCAAAGUGUGUCCAAUAGUCACUCAGUGGAUGUCAAGCAAAGCAUAACUACAAAGAAUCCAAAAACAAGUCAUAAACAAGCAACACUCACAGCCUUUCCUGGAUUUGAGUAUGCAUCAGGAAAGAUGGAAACCAAGAAAACAGCAGCACUACACAACCAACUGACUGUUCAACUUCAACAGAGAAAGCAUACUCUGAAAACAGUGAAUAUUACUGCCCUUCCUGAUAAAGGUCAAAGGCUAAUAAAUCAGGUCAAAGAACUGGAGGAUGCUCUUAGUACAUUGCAUCUGCUGUCUCAGACUGCCUCAGACAAACAGGACAAAGGAGAAGAAAUGAAGAACAGGCUAACCAAUCCUUUUGAUAAAAGUGUCACCACCUUAAGUAAACCAGCGAUUGAUGAUCUAAAGUCUGCUGCCGUACUACCACGUUUCAAUGAAGCUUCCUCGCUCGGAUUAAGUCAAUUUUCUAACCAGGUGUACGCAGCAGAUUUUCAACAGCAGAGUGCAUGUGGUGGACAGAAAGGCCAGGAUCGACUCUACACCAUCACAAAAGUGACUAGUGAGGCCAUUGAACAACUCCACAAAUCAUUGGAGACUUGCCCAGACACGAUUGAUGAAACUGAAGAUCCACAAUACCUCAAGGUCACGCUAUUAGUUCAUCAGAGACAAGCGUUGGCUUGGUUAUUGUGGAGAGAGAAGCAGAGACCAUCUGGUGGCAUACUGGCAGAUGAUAUGGGUCUGGGGAAAACUCUAACGAUGAUUGCACUCAUCCUAACACAACGUUGUAAGGGGAAAAAGGAAAAGGAGAAAGAUACAGAUGAAUGGAUCUCUAAAGCUGAGAGCACUUUAGCCACAUCUAAUGGAACGCUCGUUAUUUGUCCAGCGUCUCUCAUCCACCACUGGAAAAUGGAAAUUGAGCGGCAUGUCUGUGCCAAAAAACUAAGUAUAUACAUGUACCAUGGUUCAAACCGAGAAAAAUCAACAAAGGUGCUUUCAGAAUUUGAUGUUGUGAUAACAACGUAUAGUCUUGUUGCGAAGGAGAUCCCAGCGAAGAAUGAGAAAGGAAAAUGUACAGCCACAGAUGAGGCCUUGGCUGAGGUAAAAUCUUCACAUUCCCCACUUCUGAAGUUAGCUUGGGCUCGGAUCAUCCUGGAUGAAGCUCACAAUAUUAAAAACCCCCAAGUACAAACGUCAAUGGCUGUAUGCAAGCUCAGGGCUGGAGCUCGCUGGGCAAUUACAGGAACACCAAUUCAGAACAACCUCCUGGAUAUGUACUCCUUGCUCAAAUUUCUUCACUGCUCCCCAUUCGAUGACUUCAAGUUGUGGAAGAAUCAGGUGGACAAUGGGACAAGGAAGGGCGGUGAGCGCCUCAACAUCAUCACCAGAAGCCUCUUAUUGCGAAGAAACAAAGGUCAACUGGACUCCAGUGGCAAGCCUCUUGUUGAAUUACCUCAAAGAUUUAAUCGAAGUCAUCGACUAAAGUUGUCGGAGGAUGAGGAGGCAGUUUACUCUGUCCUGUAUGCUCGUUCCAGGUCAACCUUGCAGUCGUAUCUGAAGAGACACGAGGGCAAGGGGCAUAAAGCUAAUUCAUCACACGGUGCAGAUAACCCUUUCAACAGAGUAGGUCGAGAGUUUGGUAUUGACUCAGUCAGUGACGGUCCUUCCUCUUCCCAGAGAGCUUCACCUAAUUCAAGUACUGUGCACAUCUUGUCGUCACUGCUCAGACUUCGACAGUGUUGCUGUCAUCUCUCUCUGUUAAAGACGGCUCUUAGUCGAACUGAGAUGGAACCUGAAGGUAUCAGCCUCUCGCUGGAGGAGCAGCUGAAUGCGUUAUCAUUGUCAGAGGUCACAGCCACUGAUAACAAGACAACAGUUACCCUAAAUGGAACCAGCUUCGAAGCAGAUCUGUUUGCGAGCACUAGGCAGAGCACCAAGAUCACUGCACUAUUAGAGGAAUUAAAAGUAAUAAGGAGCAGUCCAGAACCCCAGAAAAGUGUGAUCAUUUCCCAGUGGACCAGUAUGCUGCACGUGGUGGCUGCUCACUUGGAUCGAAUCAAACUAAGCCACGUUACUCUGGAUGGUACCGUGACUCCGAAACGUCGUAUGGACAUGGUGGAAGAAUUCAACACUAAUCCCAAAGGACCUCAGGUUAUGUUGGUCUCUCUUUGCGCUGGUGGUGUGGGUUUGAAUCUCAUUGGAGGCAAUAACCUCUUCCUGUUAGAUAUGCACUGGAACCCAGCACUGGAGGAGCAAGCAUCAGAUCGAAUUUACCGUGUUGGACAACGCAAAGCUGUGACCGUGCACAGGUUUGUGUGCAAAGGAACAAUCGAGGACAAAAUCUUUGAACUUCAGGAGAAGAAAAAGGAACUGGCGAAGAAAGUGCUGUCAGGGACUGGAGAAAUGUUUACCAAGCUUACUCUAGCCGACCUUCGAAUCCUAUUCGGUGUUUGAAUCAGAGUUAAAGAAGGUGUUAAAAAAACCCAUAAAUUGCUGGAGUAACUCGGCGAUUCAGGCAGCAUCUCCGGAGAACACGGAUGGGUGGCGUUUUGGUUUAGGACCCAUCUUCAGACCCCUAUCCAUGUUUUCUAGGAUGCUGCUGUCUGACUCGCCGAGUUGCUCCAGCACUUUGUGUCUUUUUUGUAAACCAGCAUUUGCAAUUCCUUGCCUCUCAAAGGAUUAGAUCAACGUGCAAAAAAUGUUCAGAAAACUACGGAAUGUCUAAAACAUCGAAGUGGAAGAUAGUAUAUAAUUAUGUUGGCAUACAAAGAUUACGUCCUUGAUUCAAUUAUGUUUGAUGUAUACAUUUAUUUCAUUUGGUUAGAAUUUGCUUUCAUAAUCAAAAGAUAAAGCAGUGAAUGCAUCACUAAAGUUAUGUUGUCUUAUCUGCGAACUACUUGGCUUUCACAACUUGAUUUUAUUUUUCAUCUUUUUAAGAUUAAGGCCGCUUAUCUACUCAUUAUAUUUGCACUCAAAAAGAAUUGGUGAAUCAUGGAUUGUUAAUGUGUGGAGGGGAGAUACAAAGCAGCUCAAAAUUGCAAUGCGAAUCAUCUUUGCUCAAUGUGUGGUACAUUAGACCUACAUUGUGAAAGAAUUAGUACAAAGUCACAUUUCAGGCUUGUUGAACAAACGUUGAAACUUGAUUCGUUGCAUGUUUUUUGGGGAAAAGUAGAAACAAGGAACUGUGUUACAAGGAACUACUUUACACGAAAGGACACAAAGUGCUGGAGUAACUUAGCGGGUCAGGCAGCAACCAUGCGGAACAUGGAUAGGUGACGUUUUGGGUGUGAAGAAGGGUCCCGACCUGAAACGUUGCCUAUCCAUGUUCUCCAGAGAAGCUGCCUAACCCAUAAGUUAUGCCAGCACUUGGUGUUUUUUUUUUACUUCAAUUCCUUGGGCUACAUACCCUAAAAUUGACUGUUUCUUAUAUUUUUUUGUCCCCAAUUUAUAGCCAUGCCUAAACUGUAAAAUUCAAACAUAAUGCACAGUUAAAUAUUUAGUUUACAUUAAUUUCAUAACUUUUCACUGGAAGAUCUCAUUGCAAAUCUUGGCGCCACUCCACCGAAUCAUCUGUCUGGAACUGCGGGAAAGCAUUUGUCUACCCAUACCAUCACAGCAGAAAACUUUUUUGUACGCAGUGAAGGAACAGAAUCAG